CUUGCUUAUUUAUAACUUAGAAUGGUUGUGGUAGCUACGUACGUAUUUAUGGAUAUUGAACCCACUGGUUUACCACCAGAGGAAUUAAAUAGAACGAAAAUAACAGAGAUUAGCUUCAUAGCGGUCAAUAGACAAGUUUUGAUUGACACACAACCAGGAAGAUGCCCCAAAAUAGCUAAUAAACUGAAUAUUUGCGUCUACCCUCGCAGACUGAUCCAUCCUGACUGCACCAAAGUCACGAAACUCUCCAACGAGCUUCUCGAACCACUACCACCAUUUAACAUAGAAGUUUAUGAGCUUAUCGAUUCAUUUCUAAAAAUAUUAGUAAAGCCCAUUUGUUUGAUUGCACAAAAUGGAAUGCAUUUCGAUUUCCCUAUACUGAGAUACCAAUUAGAGAAAUUGAAUAGGAGUCUAUCGGAGGACUUGUUGUGUGCCGAUUGUUUGCACGCUUUUUAUGAUAUCGACGUUAUUGAUCAGAAAGCGUUGAUGAAUUUGAUUCAUCCAGAAUUAAAAUUAUAUCACAAUAAAGAUACUGAUAGAAGAAUGGAAGUUGAUAAGGAAACAAUACCGAAACGGCUUAGAGAUCUCACAGAAAAGCAAAGACUGAUGAAGGCUCGUAGACGGAUGCCUUGGAUGGGCUACAACAAGCCCGAGCUUUCUUAUAAAUUGGGACGUAUAUAUGAGAGGAUAUUUAAUGAGAAGCCAGUUAAUCUGCAUAGGGCUGAAAAUGACUGUAUCAUCGCUCUCAAGAUUGCGGUUGUUAAGUCUACAAAAUUUGUACAUUGGGUUGAUGCAAAUUAUUGUUAUUUCUCUGAAGUAAAAGCAAUGACUCCUGGAGUACCUGUAGGGUAUUGAUUUGUAAAGGUACACUUAGAUCAGGUAUAGAUUAGUUUGAGAGCCUAAAUGACUAUAAAAUAGUUUAAGUAAGAUAAUUGUAAUUCUUCCCUUCAUCAUCAUCAUUAUCAUCUCAGCCCGGAAGACGUCCACCGCUGAACAAAGGCCUCCCCCAAAGAUCUCCACGACGAUCGGUC